UAUUGUGAAUCAGCCUUCUCGUAGGAACAUGUAACACAAAGCAAAAGACGCUUUAUUCAAAGUUCCGCUUUAAAUUGAUCGGUGGAAAUCAAUUGUUUUCCAUUGGCGCGAAUUGUAGGGCAAAUUUCGGCGAUAUUUAAAACUAACCGCUUAAAAACCUACAGUCAAAAUAAGCAAUUCAAAGGAUACGAGCAUGCCGCCCAAGUGUAAAUUUCAAGAAGGGGAGAAGGUUCUGUGCUUUCAUGGGCCAUUAAUAUAUGAAGCAAAAUGUCUAAAGUCCUCCAUUACUAAAGAAAAGCAAAUUAAAUAUUUCAUUCACUAUGCAGGAUGGAAUAAGAAUUGGGAUGAGUGGGUUCCUGAAAGUCGAGUACUUAAAUACAAUGAAGCAAAUGUACAAAGACAGAGAGAGGUUCAAAGAGCACAUUCGAAUCAACAAUCUGCACAGAAAAAUAAAAAGGGUAGUACCUCAUCCAAAACUCAAGGACGGAGGAGUGAAGGUGGUCGUGAGAAGGAUACUGAUAGUAGAGCUAGCACUCCUGUUGCAACAGUUGAUAAAGGCGUCAGUCGGUUCAAUAAAAGUACUGGUAGUAGUGUGACACCAUCAUCGUCGCAUGAUUCCACAUCAGAUGCACCACGCAAGAAGCGCAGCCGAUUAGAACCAUCUGGUGAAACUGAAGAAUAUCUCACUAAAGUGGAAGUUAAAAUUAAGAUACCAGAGGAAUUAAAGUUUGUACUUAUAGAUGAAUCAGAAGUAAUAUUGAAAUAUCAUAAAUUACCUGCUUUACCUGUGAAAAAUACAGUUGACAAAAUUUUAGAUGAUUAUGUAGAUUCAAAGUCUGUAGGAAAAAAUGACUCUGUUAGGGAAAGCACAUUAGAAAUAACUAAAGGUAUUCGCGAAUAUUUUAACAUUUCUUUAGGAUUACAAUUGUUAUAUAAGUGGGAACGUCCACAAUUUAUACAAAUCAUGAAUGAUAAUCCUGAAACACUGCCCAGUCAACUAUAUGGUGCAUUUCAUUUACUAAGGCUAUUUGUGAGACUUGGAGGAAUGUUGUCGUACACUACAUUGGAUGAAAGAAGCAUACAACUGUUACUAUCUCACUUUCAUGAUUUUUUACAAUACUUACAGAAAAAUAAUACUGAACUUUUCAAUCUUCAACAAGAUUAUGCAGACUCACCACCCGAUUAUCACAGGAAAUAUGCCUAAGUUAGUAUAAAUGUUUGGAUACUUUUAAUUAAAUCCAGCAAUACUACAAUAUUUUAUCUGAAAUUAUUAAUAAGGCAGCUGCAAUACUUCUUCAAGAAAUAUAUAUAUGUACAUUUA